UUGUCAAAGACCGAUGCAGGGAGAUUUUCGCAACUGCGUGUUUUCAUUUAUUGCUACUCGAUAUUUGAUUCAGUGAAAAGUGGCAAAAAGUAUAUUAUUGUAUGUUUCACAUCAUUGGGCUUUAUAUUUUGCACAAAAAUAUUCUCCUUUACAAGAAAACUAACUGAUAAAGUGAUUUUCCAAAUGAAACGGCUGGUUUAGUUAACAACAGCAAGAAGCAAAAAAGGUGUCGAUUUCAGCGACAUGUCAUACCGUAUUUUGAGAAAAUUGCAGGGCAAUGAGCUGGAGAUCAAGGAACCGAUUGAUGAAAUAUCAGAUGGUGCAGAUGCGGACUACGAUACCAAUAGCAUUAGUAGCCAGAGCCGCAAGAAGAUAAACAUCAAUCGAUUCGAUCUGCUUAACCAACAGCAGUCACUUUCCGAAAGUGAAGUCAAAGAGGACGACAACGACGAAACGGAGCGCGAUGGAGCCGGCGGAACGAAAAAUAGCAAUCUGGUUGAAUUAAAAAAGAAGAAAAAGAAGAAGAAGAGGCGUACCGGCAAAUAUGUGUCAAGUUCCGCUCGGCGCAGCAGUGAAGACAAUGCAGACGCCGAGGAUGAUUUUACCAAAACCGUCAAAGAGGUGGACAAACUGUUCGCCGAUCGCUAUGAACGGUCGGAGAAUAGUCCGGCGAUGGCAAACAAUGCCGCUUGCCAUGGAUCGACCGGUUCGACGGCGAAGGUACUGCUUUCGAUUCAACACAAAAACCUAAAUUCUCAGUACGAGAUGAAGCGGAUGUUUGGUAGCAAGGUUGUCAGUGAUCAGCAAAAUAAACGACGAAACAACCGUGGACCCCGUAUUUUAAAGUCGACCUAUCUGGUAAAUCCAAAAGAUAACUGGCCUCCUGUCGGCAAGUCCGGAAUCUACAUGAACCUGGUGCAAGCUCCAGAACAAACAGCUGGCACUAGUAGUUCAGGGCCAGUAAAAGGAACAGUCGAUAAAAAUGUGGUAUACUUUGCUUUCGAGCACAGCCCAUCGUACAGGUUGAUACAACAGAAGUUUCUGCAAGCUGUCGAAAGUAUGGACUCGGAUAAUAUCAUAAAAAUAAUUAAUCAGCACCCGUAUCACGUGGACUCGUUAAUUCAGUUAAGUGAGCUGUGCAAGAUGUCCGAAGAUCACGCGAUGGCUUCGGAUCUGAUUGAACAUGCACUGUUUGCGUUGGAAUCAUCGUUUCAUACGAUGUUCAGUUUGACUCAGGGAACAUGUCGGCUGGAAUACCGCCGACAGGAGAAUCGAGCUCUUUUUAUUACAUUAUUCAAGCAUUCACAAUAUCUUGAGUCUCGUGCUUGCUCGCGAACGGCAUUGGAAGUCGCCAAACUGAUUUUGACAUUCGAUCCGGUGAACGAUCCGUUGGCAAUCAUACUGGUCAUCGAUUACUAUGCAAUUCGUGCCAAACAGUACGAAUGGUUCGUUCAACUGUACGAUGAGUGGGAAGUGACUAACAAUUUGUCGCAGCUUCCAAAUAUGGCUUACUCUUACGCACUGGCGUUGUUCCAUCUGAAGCGUGACGAUGAGGCUGACCGAGCGCUGCAGUACGCCCUGCUGAUGUUCCCGGCGGUACUACGAAUGUUGCUGGAUGAACUCUCCAUCCAACCGGAUUCUCGUGCCAGUAGUCACAGUUAUUUUGCUACGUACUCCUUCGAUAAGGCGACGGUAGCACUGCAACAGCUGAUUGCAUUAUAUGUCUGCCGUUCAAAGUUGGUUUGGAGGGAUGCGGAAAUUUUACCAUGGCUUGAACGGAACGUGAAUGCUGUGUUAGAUCGAGUAGAUGCUAAAGAUGAAGUUGUUGCGGAGUAUACCAGUAAGAGAAAUCAAAGGUACAUGAACCCACCACGAGCUAUUCUACGACACAUCGUACUUUCUGAUUUCAAAGAAAAGGUUCCGUUGGCUCAAUUCAUUAAAAAAGAAACCGAGCCUGUUUUGAUGUAUGACCCGUUACCGCCCUUGGAUACGAUCAACAUCUACAAGAGGCCAACGAUUAGUCCAGCCGCUCGUACCAUGAUCAACGCUUCACCGUUUUCGAUGUUCUUUCAAUCGCUCCUGCCCAGCUUUAGUUUACAGCAACAGCAGCAGCAGCAGCAACAACAACCCGGACAGGUUGCAAAUCGUAACCGAGAUGCAGUAGAUGGGCCCGCCGUUGCUGACGCGGGAGACGGAGCGAUUGCCGGUCUGCAGGCUUACACAAAUUCGCUGAACUCGAUUGUGGAUGCUAUGCGAGAUUUUUUGUCAGAUAUCCGGGUGCUUGAACGCCCAAACGAUGCCGAUGUUGACGACGAUGGAAGCACCGAUGAGAACGAGCAAAAUAAUUAUCUAACGUAAGCAAAAAUUUACUAAAAAAAGAAACGUAGUGUUUUUUGUCAAGGUAGGUUAUUUUUUUCAUUUGUUUUAUUUUGCUAGCACAGUUUUGAUUCGAGAUUACGUCAAAGCCUUUUCGUAAAUGUGAUUUCAAAAUUUACGUCAUAUAAAACAAGAAGUAAUGAAAUCUUUAGAAGAUAAAUAGAUAAAUGUGCGAUCACUUUUUUGAUAUAAUUGAGCUGUUUUAUAAUGUCUAUAACAAAAUAAAUCAUUGUUGAGUUUGAAUCAAAAGCUUAUCUUGAGUAUCAUCACUGAAUAUUCAGCAGAUGCAUAUUUAAUUAGUGUCAGUAAUGUUAUUGGACGCUUCGCAAGUGAUAAUUACGAUUGUAAAAGAUAAAAAAACAGUGCGACGAUAAACGUUUUUUGACUUCACUUUAAUGCACUCAUCAAUAUAAAAUCAAAUGUUCGUAGGUGUUGACAUUUGGUAUAAAACGUAUACCGAUUGAAUAAAAUUUUGAUGACAUCAACAGACUUACUGGUCGGAAUCAAGAUUACAAAUUUAUCAAAAGACAAACAUAAAAUCGAUUGACUAUAUUUCAUAUACGUUACUCUAAUUGGAGCAAAAAGUCGUGCACGUUGCAAUCAGCAAACUUAUGAGUAAAAGUUACUAGCAUUUCAUUGAGCUCUAUUUAUCUAUAUUCGUUCCGACAUAAAGAAACAAAUAUCGUAUUUACUGAUAAAAAAUUAACCCAGAUGAUAUAAUCUUCACACAAAAAAACGUGAAAUAAGCUUAUCGAUGGUUUGUCACAUCGGAUUGUAAUGAAUAAACUUUAUCAAUUCGUAAAUGAUCAUAUACAUAA